AUGCCUACUCAUUUAAUUUGUUUUAGACAUCCUGCAUUAGGCGGAGGUUUCGGUUUGGGAUAUAAGAUUCAAUUCGGUUACGACUUCGUCGGUGAUAACUACAACGGAAGUAACUCGUUUGUACCCGACCCAGAUCCACUCGACUGCGGAGGACAUGGUACUCACGUAAGUGGUAUCGUCAGCGCCAUAGCUCCUACGUUUACCGGCGUAGCUCCGAAUGCAACUCUCGGUGUAUAUCGAGUUUUUGGAUGCAGCGGUGGAUCUAGCAAUGAUGUUGUUAUUGCUGCCUUUAAUGCAGCUUAUCAAGCUGGUGCUCAAAUUAUUACUGCGUCUCUUGGAAGUCCUUCUGGAUGGACUGAAGAUCCGUUAGCAGUAGUUGUAGAUAGAAUUGUCGAUGCUGGUGUUUCUUGUACUUUUUCUGCUGGUAACAAUGGCAAUGAAGGAUUAUUCUUCGCUUCGACUGCAGCAAACGGCAUUGAUGUCACUGCUAUUGGAUCAGUUGAUAGUAUAAUAACUCCUCAAAUCAUGUACGAAGGACAAUUUACUAUAAACUCUUCAGCUAAUACAAAUUUUCAAUACCUUCCUGCAAAUAAUCCUUUUCCUAACAAUAUUUCUGGAUAUCCAUUGUACGUUGUUGAUCAUAAUAUAACGAACCCGGCUGAUGCUUGCACUGCGUUACCAGCUGAUACACCAAUAUUAUCUGAGAAAAUUGUUCUUAUUCGUCGAGGUAGUUGUACUUUUCUGAGUAAAAUAGCUAAUGUUCAAAAAUUUGGUGCUCAAUAUAUUAUGAUCUACAAUAAUGAAAAUCCUAUGGUCAAGCCACAGAGCCCAAGCGGAGUCUUCGCUGCCAUGGUUUCAGCUGAACAAGGUGCUUACUGGAUCAGUCGUCUUCAAGAAAGUCUAGUCAUCAACUUUUACUUCUCCCCUAAGUCGAUAAUAACUACUAUCAGUUCACCUAACAAUAUUACUGGCGGUACAAUGAGUAUUUUCUCGUCAUGGUCUCCAACCAAUGAACUAAUCAUUAAGCCAGAAGUUUCUGCCCCUGGUGGAAAUAUAUUGUCGACUUAUCCUCUUCAUUUGGGCGGCUAUGCUAUACUGUCUGGUACAUCUAUGGCAGCACCUUAUAUUGCCGGUGUCAUUGCCUUAUACAAGAAUGCAAAAGGUGCGCGAACACAGAUCGAUUCGUUUACUAUCAGACAUAUUCUUGCCACUACGGCUACUCCUCUGUUUUUCAACGAUGGAAAACAGACCUAUCCUUACUUGGCUUCGGUUGUUCAGCAGGGUGGUGGUUUAGUUGAUGCAUUUGCCGCAGUACACUACACAUCUAUAAUUAGUCCAAGUACUCUGACCUUGAAUGAUACUGGCUAUUUCAAAAAGACAGUUAACUUCACCAUUUCAAACACUGGCUCAACGGCUGUGUCGUAUACACUUAUUCACGAACGUCAUUGCAAAUCAUAUUAUUUAUCCUUUAUCUAA